CCUUUUACACUUUACAAUUGAAUUCUUAGCAAAGGAAACUCUUUGUAUUAAAAAUUGGCAGUGAAACCUGCAGAGAGAUUUGCCACACAAAUGUCGAGAUAUUUUUGGGUCUCUGCCCUGUGCAUUGGUUGCCUGAUCAGCAUUAUUCGAACUGUGCCCUUACAUCCAACGUCCACUGAUCCUCUCCGUUGGAAGACUUCUUUAAGCUCAAUCCGUUCGCGACAGGCAGCGGCAAAUGCUUCCGUUUCCAAAGCAAACGCCACAACUCAAAGGCCUCAAAUAUUAUCUACAAAAAGCGCAACAAAAGCCCAGGAAAGAACCACUUUUGGGGCAUAUAUUUCCACAAAUUCCAGCCAGACUCCACAUCGAAGUACGCUCAAAGUGUGGCCCUCACACACCGAUCGUGUCAAGGUCUUGGAACCCUUUGUAAACUCAAUCAUUCGUAGGUAUGGGGACAAGAUCACGACUGUCUUGCGGACAAUUCCUGUCAGAGCUGAGGUAGCCCAAAAUCCAGAUCGACCGAUCCCAAGUGCCCAAAAGCUGAGUAGCCGGAGCCCAGCGGUGCGCAGAAAGCAGGAGGCCAAAGGGAAAGAGAUGGGCACAACGAGUGAAGUAAACGUGGAGCUGACAUUACCCUUGGAAUACCUUGCCAGAGCAGCAACAAUAAAGGAUUCGUUUGUAUACACCGAUCCACCCAUAUGGAUGGACACGCGCUUUCACUUCAAGUACCAGAGUCGACAGCCGCGACUCCGCGUCGAGUCGAAUCCCGCUGUGAACUACUAUCCCGAUAGUAAGCAGAUGAGCACCGUGUGCAGGGACAAGUCCACCAUUAUAGGCACGGAUAGAGUGACAAAUUACCUGAAGGAACACAUCUACCAGAAGCCACACGGCAGGAGGAUCCUGUACAAUCAGCUUCGAGCAAAUGACACUCUGCAUACGAUGCUGAUGUUCUGCCACAUGCCCACAGUUAUUCCGGUGAGAGCAUUCCUCGAUUGCAUGAUAAUGCGACACAUGAUGAUGGAGUCCAUGGUGCCCAAAUAUCCCUACCAUCAGAAGCAAUCAAAGCUGUAGAGAAUCCCAUUUUAUGCUCCUAUCACAGUAGGCAAUGUCCUUUCCUUCCACUCACAUUUAAGCACAAAAUUCCAGGUGCCACAAGUGCUCUGUAAAUGUUCUUUAUUAUUUAUUUUACCUAACAAAUUUACUGUGAACACAUUUAUUUAUUUACGCGACAAUGUACAAGAUAAGCGUCGUGGUUUUCCUGUGCCUGUGCUGCUUCAUCACUACAAAACCUCUGCACCGCAAUGGGCACACAAAUAUGUCCCACACUUUGGUGUCUGGCAAUCAAAGUGCGCGAUUUGUGGACGAUUAUGAUCUGGGUUUGAGCGAUCAGUCGAAGGAUUCGAUAAGUGCCGGUCGCGGCAUUCGACUCUUCCAAUAUCCACCCAUGCAAAAUGAGCAAACGGCCAAGCGGGAGGACACGACCACGAAGCCAAAGAAGGCGCAGACCAAGAGGCUAACCAGGAGCACUGCAACUCCACCGAGCACCGCUGCCACCAAGAACUUUGUACAGCUCUGGGGACUGUCCGUGGAAGAUGAAAAACUCAAGCCCAGAGCCAGGGAUGUGGUCGAUGCUCAAGCUGAGGAGAGGCCAGCUGGCGAUGGGCUUGAGGCGGAACAGGAAGAGAGCGACGAGGACAACGAGGAGGCAGCCGACAGAGAUGAGGAUGCACCCAGAGAAGAAGCAUUAACCGAAGAUGUAAAGCUAGUGCCGAGGAUUACAGCAGCAGAGCCAGAGCUUAGGCCAGAAAAAGAAACGCAAAGGGAAGACGACGUGGAACGUGAUGACACUGAGGAGGAUGACAAUGUAAUCGGCGGACUGGAUAAAUCAGGCAAUGAAGACGCGGCCAGAGACGAUGCUGAUGUGCUUGGCUUCAAGAGCCUCAUGACACCGAAGUCACUCGUGGGCGAGGAGGUGCAGGCCAGACAGGAGGAUGAAGUCACUUAUGCCAACAACUGGCAGGACACGCGCAGGGAGGAGUGGCGCAGUGCGCUGGCCCGUGCCGGCAUCAUGUCCAAUCCGCUCUCCGACUACUAUCCUUCGAACACGAAGAACCUCAGCACGGUCUGCAUCCUCAAGUCAUCGAUUGUGAACUUCCCCAAGGUGUUCAAGUGGCUGCACAAGAUGAUCCUGAAUAUCACGUACCAUCAGCGGCCAGUCUUCACCGAGCUGCGGCGCGAGCUCUACGACUUCGGCAAGUCCGAGAUGUGCCACACAACCGACAUGACCGAUUGGGAAAAGUAUCAGCUCUGCGCCCUUAUGCGCAAUCAGCGCAUGGAGUACAUGAUUCCACACUAUCCGCUCCACCAAGUUGGCUAUCGACUGCUCUUCAAGGCCAAGAGGGAUUAGCUCUGGACCAACUUUUGUGGUGUGCA